UAUCAAUUGAAGAUCAUCUUCCUUCAUAUCCUCUACUCCAAAAUAAAGAUGUCACCACCAUUAUCCACCGGUUAACUGAAAAAAUGGCGAAAAAAUCCUUCUCGCCGGCGCCGUCUUCUCUCUCUAUCCUCUCUCUGUUCCUCCUCCCCUGCAUCUUCCUACCAUUUCUAGCCAAUUCCCAGCUCCCAAACGAAGAAGAAGCAAUCUUGCUUAAUAUCAAGAAAAUCUGGUCAAACCCACCAGUUCUAUCUCACUGGGUUCCAUCUUCAUCAAAUUCAACUCAUUGCAACUGGCCGGAGAUCAUUUGCAGUAAUGGGUAUGUCACCGGAAUCCAAUUAAUCGAUCUGAAUCUCACCGAACCAAUCCCACCUUUCAUUUGCGACCUUAAAAACCUCACUCACAUCGAUUUUCAGCUCAAUUACUUCUCCGGUCCUUUCCCAAAAGCAUUCUACAACUGUACCAAUCUUCAAUAUCUAGAUCUUUCUCAAAACACUUUCACCGGACCAAUUCCAAAUGACAUCGACAGUCUUUCAAAACAUCUCAAUUUUCUCAAUUUAUUGGCGAACAAUUUCAUCGGAGAUAUUCCUCCGGCAAUUGGACGGUUCCCGGAGCUCAAAUCAUUGAAUCUUAUUCAAAAUAAGUUCAAUGGUUCUUUCCCUUCUGAAAUAGGUGAUUUGUUAAACCUUGAAUUUCUUGAACUGUCAUUUAAUAAUUUCACACCAUCAGAGAUACCUAAGAGAUUUACCCAGUUGCAGAAACUUAAAAUCUUUUCAAUUAGAAGCUCGAAUUUGAUAGGUGAAAUCCCAGUUCAAAUUGGAAAUAUGACGGAUUUAGUAGUUCUAGAUUUAAAUAGUAAUGCCUUAACAGGGGAAAUCCCAAAAGGGUUACUUUUAUUGAAGAACUUAACUACUAUCUGGCUUUACAAAAAUCGCCUUUCUGGGCCAAUUCCCCGACCAAUUGAAUCCAUGAAUUUGGAAAUUAUUGAUCUUUCAGAGAAUUUCUUUAUGAACGGAACAAUCCCAUUUGAAUUUGGAAAUCUAGAAAACUUAAAAGAGUUGUCUUUGUUUGAUAACCAAUUUUCCGGCGGCUUACCGGAAAACCUUGGUCGUCUUACCGGAUUUCAGAUUCUCCGGUUAUGGAACAACAGUUUUGAAGGAACAAUUCCUCAGGAUCUUGGUCGUUAUUCAAACAUAACCGACUUUCAGGUUAGUUCGAAUAAAUUCACAGGUUUCUUACCAGAUGGUUUAUGCGAAAGAGGUGUAUUGAAAGGGUUAAUAGCAUUUGAUAACAACUUCACCGGAGAAUUACCCAAAUCUAUCGGAAAUUGCCCGGCGUUGAAGACAGUUCAGGUCCAAGGUAACAACCAUCUCACUGGUGAAAUCCCAAUUGGACUCUGGACUUCAUUCAAUCUCUCUGUUUUGAUAUUAAACGACAACUCUUUCACCGGCGAGUUACCCGACACAAUUGCGAUGAAUUUAUCGCGAAUUGAGCUCUCCAACAACAAGUUCUCCGGGGAAAUUCCAAACAGUGUCUCUUCAUGGAUUCGUUUAACCGUUUUCAAUGCGAGUAAUAAUCUUUUCACGGGUGGAAUUCCUCAAGGUUUAACAUCUCUUCCUUCUAUAACUACUAUAUUGCUUGACAACAAUCGGCUUUCGGGUAAUCUUCCAUUUGAUAUAAUCUCAUGGAAGGUUCUAAACAUGUUGAAUCUUCGAGGAAAUCAACUCUCUGGCGAAAUCCCACCUAAAUUCGGUUCUUUACCAAGUUUAACUGAUUUGGACUUAUCCAAUAAUCAAUUCUCCGGCGAAAUCCCACCUGAGUUUAACGAUUUGAAGCUGAAUGUUCUCAAUCUUUCCAACAAUAAAUUCUGGGGAAAAAUCCCGUCUGUGUUCGAAAACGGAGGCUACAAUUACAGUUUCUUGGAUAAUUCAGGUCUUUGCGCGAACAACCCAUCAGUCGGGAUUAAUCUUUGUUCGGAAUUGACGAAGAAUUCGCGAAGAAAGAGCAAAUCUUGGUUUGUGGUUAUGGCGGUAGUUUUGGCUGUUCUGUUUAUAGUUUCAGGUCUAUUGCUGUCUCUGUUUGCGGUUGGAUAUUAUAAAAAGAGAAAACUGGAGAUGAAUUCGAAAUGGAAGCUCACUUCGUUUCAAAGACUUGAAUUUACAGAGAUGAAUAUCUUGCCGGGCUUGACGGAGAAGAACUUGAUCGGAAGCGGAGGAUCGGGGAAAGUUUAUCGAGUUCCGAUUAAUCGUUCUUCUGGUUCGGUACAAUUCGUGGCGGUGAAGAAGAUUUCCAACAAGCAAAAUUUGGAUGAGAGAACUGACAAGGAAUUUCAGGCGGAAGUUAAGAUACUGAGUACGAUUCGACACUCUAACAUUGUCAAACUUAUGUGUUGUGUUUCUAGCGAUAAAUCGAAGCUUCUAGUUUAUGAAUUCCUGGAUAACCGAAGCCUGGACCGGUGGUUACACACGAGAAAGGAUAACUGUGUGCAGCCAUGCGAUCUGGGCUCGGUUCAUCAAUUUACGUUGGAUUGGCCUAAACGGCUUAGAAUCGCGAUUGGAGCGGCUCGUGGGCUUAGUUACAUGCACCAUGAUUGCACGCCGGCUGUAAUUCAUCGAGACGUGAAAUCCAGCAAUAUUCUCUUGGAUUCCUAUUUCAACGCUAAAGUUGCUGAUUUUGGCCUGGCGAAGAUAUUGCUGAAUCCAGGAGAAGCUAACACCAUGUCUGUCAUAGCCGGUUCAAUUGGAUACAUGUCUCCUGAAUACGCCCAGACGACAAGAGUGAACGAGAAGAUUGACGUUUACAGCUUUGGGGUAGUCCUGUUGGAGCUUGUGACAGGGAAACAAGCCCACCUGGGAGGUGAAAACACUAGCUUGGCCGAAUGGGCUUUGAUUCAAAUUCAAGAAAAGAAACCGAUAGUGGAAGCCUUGGACAUGGAUGCAAUGGAACCGUGCUAUCUCAACGAGAUGACUAGAGUAUUUGAACUCGGAGUGUAUUGUACUAGCGCUCAGCCUUUGACUAGGCCGAGCAUGAAGGAAGUUCUAGAAAUCUUACUGCGUUGCGGCCAACAACAUCAGGCGAAGGACGGGGAUAGCAACAUGUCUCCCGAGGCCUCAGGAGUUCCUUUAUUGAAGAAUUCGAGACGCGAAAGGAAAGAAGAGGAUGUCUUGGUGGACUUAGUGUGACGAAUUCCCAGUAGGGCAGGUGUUUUUGUAACAUAUAUAUAUAUAUUAUAGCAGCAUUAGGUUUUCUGUUCUGAUCCAUAUCCGAAUGGGAUACUAAUAUAUAAAAAUGUCAUUUUUCAAAUAAAUCUAUCAACGACGACUUCUCGUCUAGAUUUGGUUUCCAAAUGGGACAAUUUAGGAAAAAACAUUUUCCAGGUUCAGAUUUAUUCUAUUUCUGUUGAA